GGUUCUGGGCAGCAGCGGACGUGUAAAACGAUGAAUAGAACCGUCUGUUUUUUUUCUAAUUUUGCUGCCCGUUUUUAGUGAAAUUGUGUAAAAUUGUCUGUGAAACGGUGGUUUCCUGUGAUUUUUAAUCUGCACAAGUUUAAAAGUGGUGGAUAAAGGCUGAAUUUGGUACAUGAUUGCUUGACUGCCAAAACUCAAAAUGCUGACAACGGAGUUUGUUCAGCUUAUUCUGCUUUUUGGAUCUGGAUCUAUAUUCUUUAUACUUGUUGUGGUUGGAAUUAUUCUGAAAGUGACCACCACACCAUUCCCGCACAUUAUCCGUCACAAGGAGGAGCAAACCUUUCUGGACUCAGCUACCAACGAGAAUGAGAAGUUCCCCUCGCUGGAGGAUCAGCCCUCCUUGGAGCUCAGCGUCAUCGUUCCGGCAUUCGACGAGGAGAAACGAUUGCCCAUUAUGCUGGACGAGUGCUUGGAAUAUUUGGAAGCGAGACUGAAAUCCAACAAGAACUUCAGCUACGAAGUGAUCAUUGUCAGCGAUGGAAGUCGGGACAAAACGGUCGAGGUCGCCCAGAAGUACUCCGCCAAGUACGGCUCCAGCAAGGUUCGAGUACUGGCGCUGGUUCAGAACCGUGGCAAAGGAGGUGCCGUCCGGAUGGGAAUGUUGAGCGCCCGGGGUAAGUUCCUGCUGUUUGCCGAUGCCGAUGGAGCUACCAAGUUCGAAGACUACGCCAAACUGGAGCAAAGCAUGGCCAAGCUAAGCGGAGGCAGCUUCGACACGGACGCCAUCUCGAUUGGAUCGCGAGCCCAUCUGGAACAGGAAGCGACCGCUUCGCGGACCUUCUUCCGCACGCUGCUGAUGCACGGCUUUCACUUUCUGGUUUGGACGUUUGCCGUCAAGAAAAUCCGCGACACCCAGUGCGGCUUCAAGCUGCUGAGCCGGUGCUCGGCGCGGAAGAUUUUCGCCGUGAUGCACGUGGAACGGUGGGCCUUCGACGUGGAGCUGCUGUUCAUUGCCCAGGCGUACAACAUUCCGAUCGAGGAGAUCGCCGUCCGAUGGACCGAAAUCGAGGGCUCGAAGCUGACUCCGUUCUGGUCCUGGCUGCAGAUGGGACGUGAUCUGAUCUUUAUUUGGUUCCGGUACGCGAUCGGGGCGUGGCAGUUGCGGAAGGAGCAUGUGAAUUAAGGUGUGGAUGCGUUCACUAGUAGGGCUUUUGGAAUUGAAGAAUCGUGACUUUUUUUUCCAUAUUGUACUGUAGCUCUUGAUAGGUGGAUCGAACGGUAGAUAGAUUUUUUAGAUGUAUAACGGCAUUUAAUCGAUAAAUAAAGUGUAUUGCUUUGAAAUUUAAA